AUCGGAUAUCACAUUAAGUGCGGAUGAAUGUAAUAGAAGUCUUUUUGGGAAAAUAAUUGGGGACAAAACAACAAGCUGGAUUGGAGUCAAGAGAACGAUGACGAACAUAUGGAGGCUCUCUCAGGAUAUGGAGAUAAAAGAAUUGAGCCCGAAUUACUUCCAGUUCAUCUUUCAAAGCAGAGAAGAUAAAAUGAAGGUGGCCACUGGAAUCAACUGGAGCUUUGAAAAUCAAUAUCUUGUUCUUAAGGAAUGGAGAACAGGCAUCUCAAGUAAGCAUCCAUGUUUUAAUGAGCUUAAUUUAUGGGUCCAAGUAACAAACACCCCAUUGGACUGGUUAAGCACCGAAGUUGGUUUAAAAAUUGGCAAGGCAUUUAAGCAAGUUAAGAAUGUGGUUCUUGCAAGUGCUGGUAACCAUGGAGGAAAAUAUCUGAGACUGUUAGUCACUGUAGAUUUGGAAGAGCCUUUACCUCGAGUAGCUAAUAUCAGACUUGGAGAACAAACUGCUCAGGUUGGCUUCAAAUAUGAAAAACUCUUAAAUCUCUGUCAUUGUUGUGGUAUGAUUCGCCAUCUAGACCGCAGCUGCUCAAAGAGAAUCUCCGACAUAAACAACAAUUCUCUCAAAGAAGGACAGUAUGGUGAUUUUAUGAAGGUUUCUGAAGGAUUGAAAAGGUUUGAUCCUACAACGUCAGGUUCUAAAGGAACUCCUCACACAGAGUCUCCCAAAGAAAAUGAGCACAUGUCUCAUCCCCAAACAUCCUCCCAACAAGCUGAAACUAGCCAGCAACUCAUCCAUGUUCCUGAUGUCACACCUGCUACUCUUAAUGAAGGUGAUCAAGAUUCAGUUGCAUCUGCCUCUCACUCUCCUGGCAAUCAAGAAGCUCUGGUUGAAUCAUCUCUGCAAAUUGUUGAAUCUUACAAAGCCAAGGCCAU